CAUCAGCUUGGCGGCGUCCAGCAGACGGCGGGGGCACCGUCCCCAACCGCCCUGGGUGCAGCUUGCUGGAAGCGUCCGGUGGGGCUCGCCAGGGUCCCCAAACCUGAGGGUCAGGUGGCGUUUUGGAAAAGGCUCUAUCGGGUUGAUACGAGGAGGUGCCACUGCGGAGCACUCUGACUCCCGGGGCGAGUGGAGGUUUUGUUUGCUGGCGGCGGGAGCUUGGAACGCCUGGAACGGCUGCUGCGCACGCGGUCCUGGGUCCAGUCUUUGGGCAGCGGCGGUGAAAAUCUCAGUCCCUUGUUCUCCGCUGGCCUUUAGUUACAGUGUGUGGACAAAGAGUGAGCGGCGCUCACCGACGGCCCGCUGUAAGGCGACACCGGCCCGACAUUGCAGGCACCUCUUGGCUUGCCUCUGGCGGUCUACAGCACUCCCAAACAAGCUCAGUGAAGGCGUUGGGGGAACAGAAAAGUUACUGUAGCCCCUGCAACCCCGGGAUGUUGCUGUAGUCUCAGCCAGGGCUGCACAGGACACUCCCCCUCCCCCUCCCCCUCCCCCUCCUUUCCCUCUGGAAUGGGCUGAUGAGGCAGGAGAUCUGAGUGCGGAACAUCUGUCCGUUUGUCUGGGUGGGUCUAGUGAGGCCCUGUCUCUGCAGCAGAGAGAUGUGGUCUGGCCUGUGGCCCCUAUCGCUGCCCAGCAGGGUGGCCCUCGGCCUCCUCACACCCUCUCAAGACCCUCAGUGUCUUGAGUCUCCUGCCCCAGGAUUGUGGUGAUGACUCAGAACAAGGCCGAACAGGAGGAGGGGGAGCUUCUGGAGGAAACCCCAGAGGUGAUGUGGCUUGCAUUGUCUGACCUUCUGCCCCCUGAGGUCUGCAGCCUCCUAAACCCAGCAGCCAUCUACGCCAACAACGAGAUCAGCUUGAGUGACGUGGAAGUCUAUGGCUUUGACUACGACUACACACUGGCCCAGUACGCGGACGCGCUGCACCCCGAGAUCUUCAAUGCUGCCCGGGACAUCCUGGUAGAGCACUACAAGUACCCUGAGGGCAUCCGGAAGUAUGACUAUGAUCCCAGCUUUGCCAUCCGCGGCCUCCACUAUGACAUUCAGAAGAGCCUUCUGAUGAAAAUUGAUGCUUUUCAUUAUGUCCAGCUAGGAACAGCCUACAGGGGUCUCCAGCCUGUGCCAGAUGACGAAGUGAUUGACCUAUACGGUGGCACCCAGCACAUCCCACUCUACCAGAUGAGCGGCUUCUAUGGCAAGGGCCCUUCCAUCAAGCAGUUCAUGGACAUCUUCUCCCUCCCAGAGAUGGCGCUGCUGUCCUGUGUGGUGGACUACUUUCUGAGCCACGGCCUGGAGUUUGACCAAGUACACCUCUACAAGGAUGUGACGGAUGCCAUCCGGGACGUGCAUGUGAAGGGCCUCAUGUACCAGUGGAUUGAGCAAGACAUGGAGAAGUACAUCCUCAGAGGGGAUGAAACGUUUGCAGUCCUGAGCCGCCUGGUGUCCCAUGGGAAACAGCUGUUCCUCAUCACCAACAGUCCUUUUAGCUUUGUGGACAAAGGCAUGCGGCACAUGGUCGGCCCUGACUGGCGCCAGCUCUUUGAUGUGGUCAUCGUCCAGGCAGACAAGCCCAACUUUUUCACCGACCGGCGCAAGCCUUUUCGAAAGCUUGACGAGAAGGGCUCCCUCCACUGGGACCGUAUAACUGGCCUGGAGAAGGGCAAGAUCUACCGGCAGGGAAACCUGUUUGACUUUCUUCGUCUGACAGAGUGGCGUGGGCCACGGGUGCUCUACUUCGGUGACCACCUCUACAGUGACCUGGCGGACCUGAUGCUGCGGCAUGGCUGGCGCACCGGGGCCAUCAUCCCUGAGCUGGAGCGGGAGAUCCGCAUCAUCAACACAGAGCAGUACAUGCACUCGUUGACCUGGCAGCAGGCGCUCACCGGGCUGCUAGAACGCAUGCAGACUUAUCAGGAUGCAGAGUCACGGCAGGUGCUGGCUACUUGGAUGAAGGAGCGGCAAGAACUGAGAUGCAUCACCAAGGCCCUGUUCAAUGCUCAGUUCGGGAGUAUCUUCCGCACCUUCCACAACCCUACCUACUUCUCCAGGCGCCUCGUGCGCUUCUCCGACCUCUACAUGGCCUCCCUCAGCUGUUUGCUCAACUACCGCGUGGACUUCACCUUUUACCCGCGUCGCACACCCCUACAGCACGAGGCGCCCCUAUGGAUGGACCAGCUCUGCACUGGCUGCAUGAAGACACCGUUUCUCGGUGACAUGGCCCACAUCCGCUGAGGGCACUUUUAUUGUCCUGGACAGACCAUCCGUUCUUUCAGCCCCAGCCACCCUGACAAGCAAUAAAAGUGGUCUCUGUCCUUG